GAGUCAUCCACUAUGACAGCGGAAUUAAUGGGUCAAUCGGAUUCGACUCGGAUGUAUAAGAAAUACCUAUCAUCCAGGAAAGCCAAUCGGUGCGCUGGGGACCGUGGAGAGGACAGUAGAGGUGGAAUUGAACGACGAGUCGCCGAUACCGUUGAUCGGAAGUCCAUUUCCCUGUUUUCCGCCAACUUCUCUUUUUCCUGAAGAGAUCUCCGGUAUUUCACGCCAGUGGUGUAGCCACUAUACUAGAAUUUCACUUGUAUCUCCUGCUCUCAUCGAUCCCCUUGCUGCAAUAAUCGACCGACCGAAGGAUCUUGACGAGCCGCCAUGUCGCUGAUACAGGCUCUCCAUUGCGAGAUCCAGCCGGAAAAACGAGUUUCUGCGCCCGCCCCCCCUUCGCCGCCCAAUUUGUAUUCUGAAAAUCUAGGACAACAGACAGAGAGUCGGCGAAUUUCACCCAAUGGUGACCCGCCGCCAGAAACCGGUCAGCCAAUUUUCGAGCGUGUGCCUUCACAUGGCACCACGCAGGCCCGAAGGUUAACAGUCACCGUGCUGCUCAUUCUGGCGAACCUUGUGCAGAUGACAGUGAACUUUGCUGGUAUAGCUGGUGGUAGUACGUUGAUCAAUGCAAUGGGUGUCGGGGGCACAUAUGCUUCCUGGAUUGGAGCCAGCUAUGCACUCACACAAGGAACCUUUGUCUUGAUGAGUGGUCGCUUGGGUGAUGUAUUUGGACACCGGAAAUUGCUCCUGAUCGGCGGAGCAUGGCUUAGUCUGUGCGUCCUGGUUGGUGCCUUUUGUUAUAACUUCUUUGCCUUUGUCACGAUGCGUGCCCUUGCUGGUGUUGGAGGUGCUCUCAUUAUGCCCAAUGCGGUAGCAAUGAUAUCGUCCACGAAUCCACCGGGACGCCUCCGAAACCUGAGUUUGGGUUUCUUUGCAGCAUCGGCACCAUUGGGAGGCUACUGUGGAGCGAUACUCUUGGGCGCCUUCCUAGAAAACACGGACUGGAAGUGGUUCUUCGUGUUCAUAGCUUGUCUCAGCGCGGUGACCUUCGUUGCUCUGUGGGCUCUAGCGCCAUACGAACCGCCGGUCGACCGCCACGGAAAGAUAGAUUGGAUCGGCUCCGCUUUAGGCACCAGUUCCCUGAUCCUCUUUAACUUUGUUUGGAAUCAGGCACCCAGUGUUGGGUGGUCCACCCCUUAUGAAAUAGCUCUCCUCCCAAUAUCACUGAUACUCUUCGGCAGCUUUCUAGUUUGGGAAAAAAGAUUCGCGGCGCAACCAAUCAUGCCACUCGAAAUCUUCAAGGCACCAUCCUUCCUGACCCUGCUCCUAGUCAUCCUCCUAAAUUACAUGGCAGUAGGUACACUAAUCUGGUACCAGGUGCUCUGGCUACAGGAGGUAUGGCAUUGGUCCCCUCUGCAUUUCGCCGUCGGGUGGACCCCUUUUGUCGUCUGUGCAACGGCCGCAGCAUCCCUUGCUGCCUGGCUGAUCCCUCGUCUCGCGGCGCAGUGGAUCCUGGCUAUAGGCACAGUCACAAUUCUAGUCUCUAAUGCCCUGAUGGCCACCGUGCCUUUGCAACAAUCGUACUGGGCCCAGAUCUUCCCAUCUGUAGUUCUUUUCUCGUUCUGCCCAGACUUUGUCUAUACGGCGGGGCAGAUUAUUGCGAGUAAUUCCGUCCGAAGGCACCAGCAGGGUAUCGCUGGUUCUAUUAUUGGAACGCUGAAUCUAUACGGUAACAGUCUGGGACUCGGGUUUGCGUCGACCAUUGAGGUCCAAGUCGCUCAGCGUGUCCACAGCCAGAUCACGGGAUAUCGAGCAGCCCUGUACUUUGGUGUUGCCAUCAGUGCGGUGGCGCUGAUUUUAGAUGUUUGUUUCGUAAGACUGGUCAAGGACGAGCGUGAGGGUUGGGAGGAAGAAGACCUCUUAGCUAUGAAUGAGAUUGAGCUUCAGGGACGUGCGGAAGCUACCGGGGCUCAAUUACCGACUGCACCUGUGCGGUCAUAAGAUCCUUGGCUGUGAUGGGACACAAGAGGCUCUUGCAUGGGAGGCUGGAGCGGGGAGGGAACAUCUUGAGUUGUAAUCUGGGGCGCAUUGGUUGCGCGUUUAUCGCGUGGGGGAUCUUUUUUUUUUUUUUUU